ACAUUUUGAAUAUCACAUUUAUAAAGUGUGUAAGUGCAUUUUGGACUGUCAAUAGCCUCUUGCUGACACCCCAAGGCUAUCAGUAGCCAUUCCGUUAUUUUUAUAUCGAAAGUGGAAUCAUUAUCUAAUGUAUUUUUACUUCUAUAUAGGUUUGGAGUUUAUGUGGCUUAUGUUCAAGAUCAUUUGGUAUCACAAGAGAUCAGUUACCAAUGGAGUGUACAGAGAAAAUAUGUCAUCAUCAAUACUGCUAUCAAUGUGUUAAAACAGUACAAGGUGAAUCAAAUCAAUCAUUUUUUUGUUUAUCCUGUAGCAAACAAUCUGAAUCAGUAAAUGGUCCAAAACGAAAUCCAUUAUUAGAAAAACAUUUAUUAUGGAAACAAUUUAAUAUAAAAUAUGGAAGUGAAAGUAUAACAUUUUUAAGAUUAAUAGCAUGUGCUUUUAAUUUAUUAAACGAAGUACGAAGCGAUAUAAAAUGUCGAAGAGCUCAUUUAUUAUCACGAUCAAAAACUUUAGACAAUUACUUACAUAAAAAGCAAAUAAACUUAACAAAACCAAAUUCUUCUGAAGAUGAUAAACUAAUAGAUGACACUUACAAUUUUAUAAAAGAAUUAGAAAAACAAGAAGAACAACUAGAUGAAAUUUUAAAUAAACUUAAUACAUCGUCGAUAACUGUUGAAGAUUGUUUAAAUAAUUAUAAAACUGUUUUAAAUGGCAACGAAGAGAGUCAGUAUUGUUGUUUUUUAUUUUUAUAUUUAUGUCAAACAUUAGAAAAAAGUAUAGAAGAAUUUGAACAGUAG